CAUGUCACUGUCGUGAUUAACAUAUCUUGUGGUUCUAAAAUUGCAUUUCGUUUUCCGAUUUGCUCGUUAAAAAAACAUAAAGAAAAGAAGAUUCUCCAACAGAACAGGAAAAAAUGGCGAAUUUUGUUCUUCAGGUUCCAAGUCGGUUGAGGAACUUCCCAGUCUUUUCUUCGUCCAACGGGGCUUCUCCUACUGCUUCUGGAACGGGAAGUGGUGGUGCUGCAGGACCAGUGAUUCUGGAGCUUCCUCUAGAGAAGAUAAGGAGGCCAUUAAUGAGGACAAGGGCAAAUGAUCCUGACAAAGUGAAAGAACUUAUGGAUAGUAUUAGCGAAAUUGGACUUCAAGUUCCUAUUGAUGUUCUCGAGGUUGAUGGAGUCUAUUAUGGCUUCUCUGGCUGCCACCGCUUUGAGGCUCACCAGCGCCUCGGGCUUCCAACCAUCCGGUGCAAAGUUCGCCGCGGUACAAAGGAGACUCUAAGGCAUCAUUUGCGCUAGCAUCAUAUGGUCAUGAAAAUAUAUUUAGGCAUGUCACAAGUAUAUCUUAGCAGAAUCCUUCUAUAAGGGAGUUCAGUUCUCAAUCUGUCAAAGAAUUUCUUAGCUGCUUCCUGUGGUUCCCAUCCAUUACUUGACAGUCUUCUGUGUGUUGUUGACCAUGGAAUAUGAGUCAAUGGAAUCUGACUAUAAUAUAUGAAGAUGCCAAUGUUUCAUGCCCAGAAGAGUAGAGGAGACAGACCUGAAAGCUCAGAAAGAAGGAAAGGAUAGUGCACUCUUUGACAGUGAUCUAUGAAAGAUUCAUUUAUAUCUUCUGUAUAAAUUUUUAGCUAUGGCUUUAUGUUUAUAUCUGGUAA